AUGGCUGUGGUAAAUGAGACAACGGAUCUCCGGCGACCGUUGGUGGAGCAAAAACCCCUGGACGACGUCGGACUCGAGAGCGUGUUAGCGGAUGGCAGCCUUCCUUACCGGAGGCGCAUGUACUUAGGAGCAUGCAUAGAGGUGAAACUACUUUUCCGGCUAGCACUUCCGGCAAUACUUGUCUAUUUAGUCAACAGCGGAAUGGGAAUCUCCGCUCGUAUCUUCGCCGGACAUCUAGGCGGUCAAGAACUCGCCGCCGCGUCCAUCGGAAACAGCUGCUUCAGUCUCGUCUAUGGCCUCAUGAUGGGUAUGGGAAGUGCAGUGGAGACUCUAUGUGGACAAGCCUAUGGCGCCCAUCGCUACGACAUGCUUGGUGUCUAUCUCCAAAGAGCAACGAUCGUUCUCGCUCUUGUGGGUUUGCCCAUGACAGUACUAUACACCUUCUCGUAUCCGCUUCUACUCCUAUUAGGUGAACCCAAAACGGUAUCGUAUAUGGCAUCGUUGUACAUCGCUGGACUCAUCCCUCAGAUUUUCGCCUACGCCGUCAACUUCACAGCCCAAAAGUUCCUCCAAGCCCAAAGUGUGGUUGUUCCUAGCGCGUGCAUCUCAGCCGCCGCCCUCCUCCUCCAGAUAUCGCUGACGUGGAUCACCGUUUACGUAAUGGACCUUGGCCUUAUGGGAAUCGCCUCUGUUCUAACGAUCUCUUGGUGGUUCAUAGUUGUGGCCCAGACUUUGUAUAUUACAACUAACCAGAGGUUUAGACACACGUGGGCUGGUCUUAGCUGGAGAUCGUUCCAUGGUCUUUGGAGCUUCUUUCAAUUCUCUGCUGGUUCUGCUGUUAUGAUUUGUCUGGAACUAUGGUAUUCGCAGAUUCUGGUUCUUCUUGCUGGAUUGCUUAAAGACCCUGCUCUAUCUCUAGAUUCUCUCUCCAUCUGUUUGUCAAUUUCAGUAUUAUCUUUCAUGGUCUCCAUCGGCUUCAAUGCAGCUGUAAGUGUACGGACGAGUAAUGAGCUCGGAGCAGGAAAUCCCAAAUCGGCAAUGUUCUCUGCAUGGACGGCGACUUCUGUUUCCUUCGUGAUCUCCAUCGCGGAGGCACUCGCCAUGCUUGCGUCACGUGAUUACAUCAGCUACAUUUUUACCGCAGACGUUGACGUAGCUAAAGCCGUCUCCGAACUUUGUCCUUUUCUCGCCGUCACAAUCAUACUCAACGGAAUCCAACCCGUCUUGUCCGGAGUGGCAGUGGGAUGUGGAUGGCAGACAUACGUUGCAUAUGUGAAUAUUAGUUGUUACUAUAUUGUUGGUAUUCCCGUUGGUUGUAUUCUCGGCUUCACUUUCGAUUUUCAAGCCAAGGGAAUAUGGACCGGGAUGAUUGGAGGUACCCUCAUGCAAACCCUCAUCUUACUUUAUGUCACGUACCGAACAGAUUGGGAUAAGGAGGUGGAAGAGGCGAGAAAACGUUUGGAUAUGUGGGACGACAAGAAGGAGCCUCGUCAAACUUAA